AUGUCCCUCCCGGAACCUUCCAUACGCCCCACAUCCCCCUUACCCCCCAGACCGGAGGCCAAACCCCGGCCCCCCAUCUCUAGGAAACCCCCUCCCUCCAACGGAGCCCCCUCCAUCCCCUCCCAACUCGGAGAGAGGGGCAGCACAGCCAGCAAUUCCAGAGGUAAAGUCAAGAGCAUUGUGAGCAAGUUCAGCCACCCAGAGACUACACCAACCACCAUGGGAUAUGCUACACCAACUCCCAAUGGCACCAUCAUCAAUCCUCCUCUCCGGAUCCGAGGGCCCAGGAGGGCCCCCACGGUCAAGCCCAAACCAUCCCGGGCCUCCAUCCAGCAGUCUGGGAGUCCAGACCAGGCCCCUCCACUGCCCAUGAAGAGGAGCCGGAUCCUGCGGCAGCAGAGCAACCAGGCCAAGAGGGACACCCCUGGAGGAGAGGAGGGGAAUGGCAUCCCAGUCAGUCGAUCAGGUAGAGUUAGUUUUUAAUGCAAUCGGUCAGUGGGCGUGUCUGAAAUAUCCGUACUUGCAUUCUAAAUAGUAGGCAUUUUGGGUAUGCAAGAAAUUAUUUUUAUAGUAUAUGACAUUUUUUAAAUGUAGUAUACUUUAAAUGCCAGGAUGUCAUACUCAUUUUGCCUUUUCAUCUAGUAGAAUUCACUGCACACUUGAGGAAGAGAAUCGUCUUUCCAGACCCAUGUGUGUUUUGACAACAGCUGAUAAUAGGCUGAGGGACUCGCUGUACCACAAUGAAGGAAAGGCGGGAAUCAACACAACUGUGCAUUAGAUGACACAUUCUCAGUAGGAUGAUACUAGUAUGCUGAUUUUGUUGCUUACUGCAUUCGUUUUUACUAAACAGUACGUGCUAAAUAGUAUGUAGUACGAUAAGUACACAGUAUGUAGUUUUAGUACUGCCUCAAAUAGCUCCUUUGUUCCACCCCCCCAUACACGCGGAGACCGGCUCAAUCGGUGCCCCCAGUGAUGCUAUCUCUUUCAUUGUUACCCAACGCUUAGGUUUACCUCCACUGUACUCAUAUCCUUGUCUGUAUAUAAUGCCCUGAAUCUAUUCUACAACGCCCGGAAAUCUGCCCCUUUUAUUCUCUGUACCCAACGCACUCGAAGACCAGUUCUUAAAGCCUUUAGCCAUAUCCUUAUUGUAGUCCUCCUCUGUUCCUCUGGUGAUGUAGAGGUUAACCCCUGCAGCCCCCAGUAUCACUCCUACUCCCCAGGAGCUAUCAUUUGUUGACUUCUGUAACCGUAAAAGCAUUGUUUUUUUGCAUGUUAACAUCAGAAGCCUCCUCCCUAAGUUUGAGUUAUUCAUUGCGUUAGCACACUCCGCCAACCCUGAUGUUCUAGCAGUGUCUGAAUCCUGGCUUAGGAAGGCCACCAAAAAUUCAGAAAUGUCCAUCCCCAACUACAACAUUUUCCGUCUAGAUAGAACUGCCAAAGGGGGUGGAGUUAGCCUGCAGAGCUCUAUCAUACUAUCCAGGUCUGUGCCCAAACAGUUUGAGCUCCUACUUCUAAAAAUCCACCUUUCCAGAAAUAAGUCUCUCACUGUUGCCGCUUGCUACAGACCCCCCUCAGCCCCCAGCUGUGCCCUGGACACCAUAUGUGAACUGAUUGCCCCCAUCUAUCCUCAGAGUUCGUACUGCUUGGUGACCUAAACUGGGAUAUGCUUAACACCCUGGCCAUCCUACAAUCCAAACUAGAUGCCCUCAAUCUCACACAAAUUAUCAAGGAACCUACCAGGUACAACCCUAAAUCCGUAAACAUGGGCACCCUUAUAGAUAUCAUCCUGACUAACUUACCCUCUAAAUACACCUCCGCUGUCUUCAACCAGGAUCUCAGCGAUCACUGCCUUAUUGCCUGCAUCCGUAACGGGUCUGCAGUCAAAUGACCACCCCUCAUCACUGUCAAACGCUCCCUAAAACACUUUCCUAAUUGACCUGGCCCAGGUAUCCUGGGUGGAUAUCGAUCUCCUUCCAUCAGUAGAGGAUGCCUGGUUGUUCUUUUAAAAGUGCUUCCCUCUCAAUCUUAAAUAAGCAUGCCCCAUUCAAAAAAUUCAGAACUAAGAACAGAUAUAGCCCCUGGUUCUCCUCAGACUUGACUGCCCUUGACCAGCACAAAGACAUCCUGUGGCGUACUGCAUUAGCAUCGAAUAGCCCCUGCGAUAUGCAACGUUUCAGGGAAGUUAGGAACCAAUAUACACAAGCAGUUAGGAAAGCAAAGGCUAGCUUUUUCAAACAAAUGCACUAGCUCCAAAAAGUUUUGGGACACUGUUAAGUCCAUGGAGAAUAAGAGCACCUCCUCCCAGCUGCCCACUGCACUGAGGCUAGGAAACACUAUCACCACCGAUAAAUCUACAAUAAUCGAGAAUUUCAACAAGAAUUUUGCUACGGCUGGCCAUGCUUUCCACCUGGCUACCACUACCCCGGCCACCAGCUCUGCACCCUCCGCUGCAACUUGCCCCCGCCUCUCCUUCACACAAAUUCAGACAGCUGAUGUUCUGAAAGAGCUGCAAAAUCUGGACCCCUACAAAUCAUCUGGGCUAGACAAUCUGGACCCUUUCUUUCAAAAAUUAGCCGCCGAAAUUGUCGCAACCCCUAUUACUAGCCUGUUCAACCUCUCUUUCGUAACGUCUGAGAUCCCCAGAGAUUGGAAAGCUGCUGCGGUCAUCCCCCUCUUCAAAGGGGGUGACACUCUAGAUCCAAACUGUUACAGACCUAUAUCCAUCCUGCCCUGCCUUUCGAACGUUUUUGAAAGCCAGGUUAACAAACAGAUCACCGACCAUUUCGAAUCACACCGUACCGUCUCCGCUAUGCAAUCCGGUUUCCGUGCUGGUCAUGGGUGCACCUCAGCCAUGCUCAAGGUCCUAAACGAUAUUAUAACUGUGAUCGAUAAUAGGCAGUACUGUGCAGCCGUCUUCAUCGACCUGACCAAGGCUUUUGACUCUGUCAAUCACCGCAUUCUUAUUGGCAGACUAAAUAGCCUUGGUUUCUCAAAUGACUGCCUCGCCUGGUUCACGAACUACUUCUCAGAUAGAGUUCAAUGUGUCAAAUCAGAGGGCCUGUAGUCUGGACCUCUGGCAGACUCUAUGGGGGUGCCACAGGGUUCAAUUCUUGGGCCGACUCUUUUCUCUGUGUAUAUCAAGGAUGUCGCUCUUGCUGCUGGUGAUUCUCAGAUCCACCUCUAUGCAGACGACACCAUUUCGUAUACAUCUGGCCCUUCAUUGGACACUGUGUUAACAAACCUCCAAACGAGCUUCAAUGCCAUACAACACUCCUUCCGUAGCCUCCAACUGCUCUUAAACACAAGUAAAACUAAAUGCAUGCUCUUCAAUCGAACGCUGCUGGCACCCGCCUACCCGACUAGAAUCACUACUCUCGAUGGGUCUGACCUAGAGUAUGUGGACAACUACAAAUACCUAGGUGUCUCUCCUUCCAGACUCACAUUAAGCAUCUCCAAUCCAAAGUUAAAUCUAGAAUCGGCUUCCUAUUUCGCAACAAAGCCUCCUUCACUCAUGCUGCCAAACAUGCCCUCGUAAAACUGACUAUCCUACCGAUCCUUGACUUCGGCGAUGUCAUUUACAAAAUAGCCUCCAACACUCUACUCAGCAAAUUGGAUGUAGUCUAUCACAGUGCCAUCCGUUUUGUCACCAAAGCCCCAUAUACUACCCACCAUUGUGACCUGUACGCUCUUGUUGGCUGGUCCUCACUACAUAUUCGUCGCCAAACCCACUGGCUCCAGGCCAUCUAUAAAUCAAUGCUAGGCAAAUCCCCGCCAUAUCUUAGCUCAUUGGUCACCAUUGCAACACCCACACGUAGUAUGCGCUCCAGCAGGUAUAUCUCACUAGUCAUCCCCAAAGCCAACACCUCCUUUGGCCGCCAUUCCUUCCAGUUCUCUGCUGCCAAUGACUGGAACAAACUGCAAAAAUCUCUGAAGCUGGAGACUCUUAUCUCCCUCACUAACUUUAAGCAUCAGUUGUCAGAGCACCUUACCGAUCAUUGCACCUGUACACAGCCCAUCUGAAAUUAGCCCACCCAACUACCUCAUCCCCAUAUUGUUAUUUAUUUUUCUCAUUUGCACCCCAGUAUCUCUAUUUGCACAUCAUCUCUUGCACAUCUAUCAUUCCAGUGUUAAUACUAAUUGUAAUUAUUUUGUACUAUGGCCUAUUUAUUGCCAUAACUUGCUACAUUUGCACACACUGUAUAUAUAUUUUCUGUUGUAUUUUUGACUAUGUUUUGUUUUACCCCAUAUGUAACUCUGUUGUUUUUAUCGCACUGCUUUGCUUUAUCUUGGCCAGAUCGCAGUUGUAAAUGAGAACUUGUUCUCAACUGGCUUACCUGGUUAAAUAAAGAUGAAAUAAAAAUAAAUAAAUAGUAAGUAGUUGGCAAACCAGAAUUUGGACCCAGCCAGUCAGUAUAUCGAUCGAUCAAUUAAUGAAUCAAUAUUAAUACAAAAAAACGUAUGUUAUGAUAGCGACUGAUCAUUUGUUAUGAUUAGCAAUGUAGCCUACCUAUCUACAAGGCAAGCAAAACAGACAGAGCAACAAAAUUAACUGUAUUUGUACAGGUUAGCUUUCCCAUGGAUGCCCAUAAAUCAAGUGUUGUCAACAGUAACACAUGACAUAAUCAUCAGAAAGCAUUAACAAUAGUCCCAAACCAACAAGCUAGCCCUAGGGUGAGAGGUUAAGAAAAAAAUCUGUUUAGUAUUUGAGUGUUACAAACAUUGACCGGUUUCAUGUACCUCUACACGUUUCGUUGUCAGUUUGAUCUUUACCAUAUGCAGCAAAAGUCACCUAUAUGCAUGCCACAUGCGAGUGCGGUAUGUUCCUUUGAGAGCGGAAUCUGUGCUCAGGUGUGUUGCCUCAUUUCUGAAGCCUAGAGGGGGACACAUGUUUUCCCUUUACCUAACAGCCAGAAACAGGUUCUGUCAGUGCACCUGUAUAGGUAAACCGGUUUCCUUUGAAUUGUGUUUUAUCUCAAUGAGACUAACCUGGUUAAAUAAAGGAAAACAUUUAUAUAUAAACAUAUCCGUCCGUCUGCUUGUGCAUGCAUGUAUGUGUGUGAGUGAGUGAGUGAAUGGCAAAGAGAGGAAGAGGCUGGGUAGAAAUCUAGAAGAGCGGUAGAGAGAGAAAGAGAGGGAGAGCUGAAAUGAGAGCAGUCUGAGAAGGAGAGAGGGAGAGCUGAAAUGAGAGCUGUCUGAGAAGGAGAGCUGAAAUGAGAGCUGUCUGAGAGAAAGCCAGAGGGUUCCUGUCCAAAACUGCAAGAAAAUCAAGGAACUAGUAGCAUUUCUGACUGCAGAAAAGAUAAACACAAGUACAUAUGUUUACUUGUUUCUUGUUAGUAUUAAACCCUCAGGCUAAACAACUUAAGAAUACUUCCCCAAGUUUCUGACAAAGCAAAAAACAAAUCAUGAAAGUAGAAACAACUAUUGAAACCAUUAUCAAAAUAGGAAGGUUGCAUGUUAAUUUGGCUAAAACAGGGAAGUUUCUCUCUCGCUUGCACGCACACACGCAUGCUCUCUCUCUCUCUCUCACACACACAUGCUCAUGCUCACAUGAUUUGACUGAUGUGCAUUCCAUUCCCAUAAAUAUUUUAUGGCAUGCUCAUCAGACAGUUUCUACCUCGUCAAUCUUUACUGUCAAGGCACUGGAGACUUCGUCUAUUUGCAUAGCACUUGUGCUGACUGGACAGUCCAGUUUGUGCUUAUAAUGCCUAAGGCUUAAUGUUUAACUUUCCUUAGAAAACACACACACACACAGUGAAAGCGAUAUGCCCUGCUAUCACAGGAUACAGAUGUAGGACCAGACUAGACAGGAAGCAACCACAGUGAUCAGUGAACUCCAUAGAGGGUUUACGUCUGCCAAGGUUCAAGGGUCAAUACAGACCUGGAAUGGAGCAAGUAAUCCCAAAGUCUUGGAGUUCUUGGUCACAUAAAAGCCAAACAAAACAAACCAAAAAACAUGUAUCUUUCUGAUGCUUUAUUAAUUUCCUAUUACUGCAAACAUACAGUACCAGUCAAAAGCUUGGACACACCUACUCAUUCCUGGGUUUUUCUUUAUUUGUACUAUUUUCUACAUUGUAGAAUAAUAGUGACGACAUCAAAACUAUGAAAUAACACAUAUGGAAUCAUGUAGUAACCAAAAAAGUGUUAAACAAAUCAAAAGAUAUUUUAUAUUUGAGAUUCUUCAAAGUAGCCACCCUUUGUAUUGAUGACCGCUUUGCACACUCUUGGCAUUCUCUCAACCAGCCUCACCUGGAAUGCAUUUCCAACAGUCUUGAAGGAGUUCCCACAUAUGCUGAGCACUUGUUGGCUGCUUUUCCUUCACUCUGCGGUCCAACUCAUCUCAAACCAUCUCAAUUGGGUUGAGGUCGGGUGAUUGUGGAGGCCAGGUCAUCUGAUGCAGCACUACAUCACUCUCCUUCUUGGUCAAAUAGCCCUUACACAGCCUGGAGGUGUGUUGGGUCAUUGUCCUGUUGAAAAACAAAUGAUAGUCCCACUAAGCGCAAACCAGAUGGGAUGGUGUGUCGCUGCAGAAUGCUGUGGUAGCCAUGCUGGUUAAGUGUGCCUUGAAUUCUAAAUAAAUCACAGACAGUAUCACCAGCAAAGCACCCCACACCGUCACACCACCUCCUCAAUGCUUCACGGUGAGAACCACACAUGCAGAGAUCAUCCGUUCACCUACUCUGCGUCUCACAAAGACACGGCGGUUGAAACCAAAAAUCCCAAAUUUGGACUCAUCAGACCAAAGGACAGAUUUCCACCGGUCUAAUGUCCAUUGCUCGUGUUUCUUGGCACAAGCAAGUCUCUUCUUCUUAUUGGUGUCCUUUAGUAGUGGUUUCUUUGUAGCAAUUUGACCAUGAAGGCCUGAUUCACGCAGUCAUCUCUGAAAAGUUGAUGUUGAGACGUGCCUGUUACUUGAACUCUGUGAAGCAUUUAUUGGGGCUGCAAUCUGAGGUGCAGUUAACUCUAAUUAACGUAUCCUCUGCAGCAGAGGUAACUCUGGGUCUUCCUUUCCUGUGAGAGCCAGUUUCAUCAUAGCGCUUGAUGGUUUUUGCGACUGCACUUGAAGAAACUUUCAAAGUUCUUGAAAUUUUCCGGAUUGACUGACCUUCAUGUCUUAAAGUAAUGAUGGACUGUAGUUUCUCUUUGCUUAUUUGAGCUGUUCUUGCCAUAAUAUGGAGAUGGUAUUUUACCAAAUAGGGCUAUCUUCUGUAUACCCCCCCUACCUUGUCACAACACAACUGAUUGGCUCAAACGCAUUAAGAAGGAAAUAAAUUCCACAAAUUAACUUUUAACAAGGCACACUUGUUAAUUGAAAUGCAUUCCAAGUGACUACCUCAUGAAGCUGGUUGAGAGAAUGCCAACAGUGUGCAAAGCUGUCAUAAAGGCUACUUUGAAGAAUCUCAAAUAUAACAUCUAUUUUGAUUUGUUUAACACUUUUUUUGGUUACUAUAUGAUUCCAUAUGUGUUAUUUCAUAGUUUUGAAAAUAAAGAAAAACCCUUGAAUGAGUAGGUGUUUUAAAACCUUUGACUGGUACUGUGUAUAUAGGCAAAAAGGGGGCAGUGGAUGUAAAACAUGAUGUGUUAUGUUAGUGAUAUGUUAUAGCCUCCCAAACCAUCUAACUCUGUGUCCCUCCCUCUCCCCCAGCACCUGACGGAAAAGAGUUUGAGCUUCAGCUGAUUGGAGGAGUGGAAGUUGAGCCGGAGCACGGUUCAGGCACACCCCUUAGCCCAUGUUGCGACCGGGACUGCAGUUGUGUGUGCCACCUCCACCGGCCCGGCAUGAAGCUGGUAUGGGUGCCCAUCAACGAGGAGGAGGAGGAGGAGGUGGAAGAGGAAGAAGAAGAAGAAGAAGAAGAAGAAGAGGAGAUUUUGCUGGAAGAUGAAACAGAGGAGGAGGAGAGAGGAGGGGAGGGGGAGAGCGAGGCUGGGGAUGAGGAGGAGGAGGAGGAGGAGGGGAGCGGUUUGUCGAGUGAGGAAGGGGCGGGGCAGAGAUUCAAGAAGGCAAAGUUUAACCAGGUUCUGAAUGUGAUGAUAGACAAAGGGAACCGGAGAAGGUCAGACCCAGGAUACCAGGUCAUUCUGACCUCCUUGGCCCUAAAACGCCCCCAGUCACCCCCCAUCCCCCCUAAAAGAACUCAAUCUCCCCCAAGCCAUUUGAAUGCCUCCAUAGAGGAGGAGGACUCUAUAUAUGAAGCUACUCUACUAAUGGUGGAGCCAAAACCCAGAAAGAUCUGUCAAGAACUGGACAUUCCUCUUAUCAUGGUUCGGAAACCGGUCCGUCGGUCAAAACUGUCCUCCAGCAACUCGGAGGACAACACUUCUAUCCAGUCCGAUUCGGACCCAUCCCAAACCCAGACUACUGAGGACGCCCCCCCCGCCAUCCCACCUCGGGUACCCCUCGCCCAGGACAAGUCCAAAACACCUGGCCACAACCUCACGCCCGUUCACAGGGGGGGUAUCGCCUUACCCCAGCCCACCACGGAGGAGUGGCACUCCCUGCGCCCCUCAUCCCCCAACCCUUCCUCCAGCCCCAUAGUACCCCACCGGGUGGUCCCUCCAACCCCCACCAGCCCCCUGCUGCCCCACAGAGUCCCCCCACCUCAGCCCACCAAGACGGGCAGGGACGACAGGAGACUCAGUAACAUCUCCGGCCAUUCUAUCAACCAAGCUAUAAAAGGUUGGUAUAAAAGUAAACAUGCAAUAAACCUGUUUUCUAGCAUAUUUUCUAGUGCGAGGUUAUAUAUAUGGUUACCAGGAGAGGAUCCAAUAUAAAAGGAAGGGUAUAUUGUUCAUUCUUUUGUGUCUCCCUCUAGAACAAGAGGAGGAUGGAAACACUAAAGGAGAGGAGGAGGACACAGAGGAAGACCGGUAAGCUAACUCAUCCCUGAUCUUCUUCUGUUUCUUCCCUCCUUCUUCCUCUUCUACUCUCAUCUCAUAUGUCUUUGUUUUGGCCCUGUUGAAAAUCCUUCCUCCCUUCCUGUAAGUUACCACAGAUCAGUGUGGGUUGGAUCAAUGAAGGCGAUAGGGUAUGACUUAUCCAAUCACAUAUCAGUGAUUACCUAAAGGAAGGAAGGAAGGAAGGAAGGAAGGAAGGAAGGAAGGAAGGAAGGAAGGAAGGAAGGAAGGAAGGAAGGAAGGAAGGAAGGAAGGAAGGAAGGAAGGAAGGAAGGAAGGAAGGAAGGAAGGAAGGAAGGAAGGAAGGAAGGAAGGAAGGAUGCAUGGAGGCCUAUGUAGCCAAGUUGGAUCUAUGAUCAUAUGUUCUCCAUUCAGGCUUUUUUUUAUAUGUUCUAUUGAUAUCUGUAAAUCAACCAAUUACAGACACCUGUGUGUCCUUUCAAACUAUAUAAACUAGUGACCCGCAGUGUUUGUCAUUAUACCCUGAUGAAGACAGCUUGGCUGUCAAAACGUUGGUAAUUCAAUGAUUGCAUCUGAGCUCCUAGAGUCUUCGACUCUCCUUUUCUUUUUCAUGUGUUCUACUCUGCUAGCCAGCACCUCGCCUCCAAAGUGUUAGAAUCUGGCCUAUUUUUCACUCAUUCACACUUUCUCAGCUUAGUCAGUUAUCCAACACUCUGCCCUUCUUUCCUGUCCCAGUGCUCCUGCAGCCCCACCCAGGAGAGGAUCCUAUAUUGACUGGGAGUCCAGACUGCAGGACGGUAAGGUUACCAGGAGAGGAUUCUAUAUUGACUGGGAGUCCAGACUGCAGGACGGUAAGGUUACCAAGAGAGGAUUCUAUAUUGACUGGGAGUCCAGACUGCAGGACGGUAAGGUUACCAAGAGAGGAUUCUAUAUUGACUGGGAGUCCAGACUGCAGGACGGUAAGGUUACCAAGAGAGGAUUCUAUAUUGACUGGGAGUCCAGACUGCAGGACGGUAAGGUUACCAAGAGAGGAUCCUAUAUUGACUGGGAGUCCAGACUGCAGGACGGUAAGGUUACCAGGAGAGGAUCCUAUAUUGACUGGGAGUCCAGACUGCAGGACGGUAAGGUUACCAAGAGAGGAUUCUAUAUUGACUGGGAGUCCAGACUGCAGGACGGUAAGGUUACCAAGAGAGGAUUCUAUAUUGACUGGGAGUCCAGACUGCAGGACGGUAAGGUUACCAAGAGAGGAUUCUAUAUUGACUGGGAGUCCAGACUGCAGGACGGUAAGGUUACCAAGAGAGGAUUCUAUAUUGACUGGGAGUCCAGACUGCAGGACGGUAAGGUUACCAAGAGAGGAUUCUAUAUUGACUGGGAGUCCAGACUGCAGGACGGUAAGGUUACCAGGAGAGGAUCCUAUAUUGACUGUGAGUCCAGACUGCAGGACGGUAAGGUUACCAGGAGAGGAUCCUAUAUUGACUGUGAGUCCAGACUGCAGGACAUUAAGGUUAUCUGACACACCCAAAAUAUCAGACACUGCUGAAUCAGGUUACAGGUGACACGCAAAUAUAGGUGUAAAAGAACAGAAAAUGUUUGGUAUAUCAUCAUUGUUUGAGGGUCACCCAUAGAGUAAUACCCCACAUAUUAAUACCUAAUCUAUUUGUAUUGAGAGAUUGUUUGCCCUUUGACCCCUCUGUACCCCCUUAGAGCCUCUGUACCAGACGUACCGCGCCACUGUCAUCACCAAGGAGAUCCGGCGCCAGACGGUGUGCCGCAACAUCAGCAAGACUAGCGCCGACUACCACAUGGACUGGACCGCCCGCCGUAGUGGCGUGGGCAUUGGGUCGGGUGGCGUGGGGGCGGUGGGCAGUGGUACUAUUCCGUUGCCCACCCCGGGCCAGAGCACCCUGUGGCAGGACCUACCAGGAGUACGGGACAGUGGGGUGCUGGAGACCCUCAGCCCUGAACAGUGCAAGUACCAGGAGGUGAGGAAGAGGUGGGAAGGGGGUAGGGAGAGGCAAGUCAAAUAAGAGAAAUUAGGCCUAAGGAACAGUUGAAAGGACAUUGUCAUGUAUUAACAUGGAAUCCCCCAGUGAGGGAAGAGCAAGGGUUCAGGUUUUCUAGAGAAUCAUCAGUAGGAAAUACUCAAUUCUGAUGGUGAUAUUCAAUAACGGUUUGAAUGUACGCUACCAUUCAAAAGUUUGGGGUCACUUAGAAAUGUCCUUGUUUUCGAAAGAAAAGCAAUUUUUUUGUCCAUUAAAAUAACAUAAAAUGGAUCAGAAAUACAGUGUAAAAAUUGUUAAUGUUGUAAAUGGCUAAUCCAAGUUGAUCAUUUUAUAAGGCUAAUUGAUCAUUAGAAAACCCUUUUGCAAUUAUGUUAGCACAGCUGAAAACUGUUGUGCUGAUUAACGAAGCAAUAAAACUGGCCUUCUUGAGACUAGUUGAGUAUCUGGAGCAUCAGCAAUUGUGGGUUCGAUUACAGGCUCAAAAUGGCCAGAAACAAAUAACUUUCUUUGUGCACCGGGGCCUCCGACUCCUCCUUCUAUUCUGGUUAGAGCCAGUUUGCGCUGUUCUGUGAAGGGAGUAGUACACAGCGUUGUAUGAGAUCUUCAGUUUCUUGGCAAUUUCUCGCAUGGAAUAGCCUUCAUUUCUCAGAACAAGAAUAGACAGACGAGUUUCAGAAGAAAGUUAUUUGUUUUUGGCCAUUUUGAGCCUGUAAUCAAACCCACAAUUGUUGAUGCUCCAUAUACCCAACUAGUCUCAAGAAGGCCAGUUUUAUUGCUUCUUUAAUCAGCACAACAGUUUUCAGCUGUGCUAACAUAAUUGCAAAAGAGUUUUCUAAUGAUCAAUUAGCCUUUUAAAAUGAUGAACUUGGAUUAGCAAACACAAAGUGCCAUUGGAACACAGGACUGAUGGUUGCUGAUAAUGGGCCUCUGUACGCCUAUGUAGAUAUUCCAUAAAAAAUCAGCCGUUUCCAGCUACAAUAGCCAUUUACAACAUUAACAAUGUCUACACUGUAUUUCUGAUCAAUUUGAUGUUAUUUUCAUAGACAGAAAAAUUGCUUUUCUUUCAAAAACAAGGAAAUUUCUAAGUGACCCCAAACUUCUGAAUGGUAGUGUAUGAAUAAAAUGUAUGAAUUCACCGUCCCAUUCUCUCUCUUCCCUCAGAGUAUGUUUGAGGUGUUGACAUCGGAAGCGUCGUACCUGCGUUCCCUACGAGUUCUCACAGAACACUUCCUGGAUUCCCGGGAUCUGGACGAGGCGCUGAACAUCCGGGACAGGAAGACCCUCUUCUCCAACGUCCUGCGAGUCCGGGAGGUCAGCGAGAGGUAAGCGAGAGAAGUAAAAGGAUACUCAGCUAAAACCGUUUGGAGUCAGAGGAAGGAAAGAAAUAAGGAAUAGCAUCUGACGCAGAUUGAUAGAUUCAUACCAUUAGAUCAGGACAAUUUAUACCGUUAGAUCAUAACAAUGAAUGCCGUUAGAUUAUGACAUCAAAGGUUAUUGUUCACGGACACAGUUUAGCAGAUGUCAUAGCCGUUGCAGCGAAAUGCUUAUGUUACUAGCUCCUAACAGUGCAGUAGAAUGUCAAACAAGUACACAGAUAAUCACAAACUAGAAACAAGAAAUCAAGAAUGUCAGAACAAAUCCAAUGAUCUAAUUGAUACCGUUAGGCCAGGACAAUCGAUACCGAUAGAUCAGGACAAUCCUGGUUGUAGCAGAGCUAUGAUGUGUGCAGAGUACAGGCCCUACCCCAGCACAACAGUGACCACCCCAGCCACAGGCAACCGCUUUAUCCUUGAUGUGACAUGAAACAAUGAGGCUGUGUUUUGCCGGACGUUUAAACCUGUAGAGAGUGUAUGGCGUGUCAGGAUCUCUCUAUUUACUGUAGAUAAUGCCCCCCUUGGUAUUUUGCGUAGAUGUAUAGUGGCUCCUAUGCAGUCCAUGCACAAUGUUUAUACUGAAUACAAGCAAUCUCCCCUUUGUCCCUAAGUGUGUUUUGGUAAAGAAGGUUAAUGAUUGAGAUUACCACCCCUGGGUGUUGCUUUUGUAGAAAUCUAUUACUAUGUAGCUUAAUUUAUGAGUAAAGUAUGUCAAAGAGAAGGAAGGAAACAAAAAUCAAAUGUUUGUGUGUUCCAUUUUGUUCUAUGAUCUUGCAUGACCUUGAAAGACAAAUUACCAGUCUAAUCACAUUACAUUUUUUAUCUAUGGAGACAUUUCGUGAAUAUAUUACUAAACCCCCUUUAAUCUGACUUUCAGUACAUCAAUUUUAUUGAUUGAAAACUACAUUGGCAAUUACAGCCACUGGCCGUUAUCUUUUGAAUUAAUUUUUACAUCCAUUUGGCUCAUAGACAUUCUAGAAGACCAGCCUCCAAAUAUGCCUACAACACGUGUGUUCUGAUGAUCGCUGCUUCGCUGCCGUUUGACAAAUAAAAAUAAUCUCGCUCUUUUGUCCAUAGUAAUCUCAUCAUGGAAGCUAUACCAGCACUGUAUCUGCGAGGUGUUGGCUAAGGAGCAUGUGCCAAUACCAGAGUGGGCACAUUCGCUAUAUAACGCAAAAUUUUUUGUGACAAAACCAUCAUUAGAGUUCAAAAUGCAAUGAAAGCUUGUAUUUUUUUUAUCCGGUACAUGGGAAUUUAACCACAAAAGUUAUUUGUGUGUGCAGUAAGUCAUCACGCAACAAGUCAAUUUGAUGGAAACGCAUCUCUGGUGGCAUACAGUGAGGGAAAAAAGUAUUUGAUCCCCUCUCAAUCAGAAAGAUUUCUGGCUCCCAGGUGUCUUUUAUACAGGUAACGAGCUGAGAUUAGGAGCACACUCUUAAAGGGAGUGUUCCUAAUCUCAGUUUGUUACCUGUACAAAAGACACCUGUCCACAGAAGCAAUCAAUCAAUCAGAUUCCAAACUCUCCACCAUGGCCAAGACCAAAGAACUCUCCAAGGAUGUCAGGGACAAGAUUGUAGACCUACACAAGGCUGGAAUGGGCUACAAGACCAUCGCCAAGCAGCUUGGUGAGAAGGUGACAACAGUUGGUGCAAUUAUUCGCAAAUGGAAGAAACACAAAAUAACUGUCAAUCUCCCUCGGCCUGGGGCUCCAUGCAAGAUCUCACCUCGUGGAGUUGCGAUGAUCAUGAGAACGGUGAGGAAUCAGCCCAGAACUACACGGGAGGAUCUUGCCAAUGAUCUCAAGGCAGCUGGGACCAUAGUCACCAAGAAUACAAUUGGUAACACACUACGCCGUGAAGGACUGAAAUCCUGCAGCACCCGCAAGGUCCCCCUGCUCAAGAAAGCACAUAUAUAUGCCCAUCUGAAGUUUGCCAAUGAACAGCUGAAUGAUUCAGAGGAGAACUGGGUGAAAGUGUUGUGGUCAGAUUAGACCAAAAUGGAGCUCUUUGUUAUCAACUCAACUCGCCUUGUUUGGAGGAGGAGGAAUGCUGCCUAUGACCCCAAGAACACCAUCCCCACCGUCAAACAUGGAGGUGGAAACAUUAUGAUUUGGGGGUAUUUUUCUGCUAAGGGGACAGGACAACUUCACCGCAUCAAAGGGACGAUGGACGGGGCCAUGUACCGUCAAAUCUUGGAUGAGAACCUCCUUCCCUCAGCCAGGGCAUUGAAAAUGAGUCGUGGAUGGGUAUUCCAGCAUGACAAUGACCCAAAACACACAGCCAAGGCAACAAAGGAGUGGCUCAAGAAGAAGCACAUUAAGGUCCUGGAGUGGCCUAGCCAGUCUCCAGACCUUAAUCCCAUAGAAAAUCUGUGGAGGGAGCUGAAGGUUCGAGUUGCCAAACGUUAGCAACGAAACCUUAAUGACUUGGAGAAGAUCUGCAAAGAGGAGUGGGACAAAAUCCCUCCUGAGAUGUGUGCAAACCCGGUGGCCAACUACAAGAAACAUCUGACCUCUGUGAUUGCCAACAAGGGUUUUGCCACCAAGUACUAAGUCAUGUUUUUCAGAGGGGUCAAAUACUUAUUUCCCUCAUUUAAAAUGCAAAUCAAUUUAUAACAUUUUUUACAUGCGUUUUUCUGGAUUUUUUUGUUGUUAUUCUGUCUCUCACUGUUCAAAUAAACCUACCAUUAAAAUUAUAGACUGAUCAUUUCUUUGUCAGUGGGCAAACGUACAAAAUCAGCAGGGGAUCAAAUACUUUUUUCCCUCACUGUAUGCCACCAGAGAUGCGUUUCCAUCAAAUUUUAGAAUAUUCACAUGAAGAUCUGUCGCCAAUUGGAUGGAAACCUAGCUAGAGUUAUUUCCUGACAGUUGCUAGUUAAAAAUGCAAUCUACACAGGACCUUCUAAUCAGCAAGUUUGUAUGGGCAUGAGUUUCGGCUUUCCAUGGUGACAUCACGUGGUAAAUUGGUUAAUAGACCAAUAACAAAAGAGUUCCAAACCUCUCUGCCAAUAACAGCUAGUUUUCAGUUUUCCCCUCCCCACUCAGACAACUCCCAGACAGUCCUAGCUAAAUUCUUUGUUGAAAAAUGUUGUCCAUUUUUAUGGAAAUCUGUUGCAGUAAGGUACAUAGUUGUUACCCAGAAAUAAUUUAAUAUUGAUAUAAAUACGGCUGCAUUGGACCUUUUUUUAAUAAACCCCUCAUCAAUAGAAUAAACCAUAACCUUUGCCCUUUCCAACCCCCCCCCCCAUUAGGUUUCUGAAGGACCUGGAGGACCGUAUGGACGAAGGUCUGAUGUUCUCUGACAUCUGUGACAUCAUCCACUACCAUGCACAGCACAACUUUCCGGCCUACAUCGACUAUGUCCGCAACCAGAUCUACCAGGAGAAGACCUACACAUCCCUCAUGUAAGUAUGGGUCUAUUACUAGAUCUCAGAGGUAGGGUUGCAAAAUCUUGGUAAUUUUCCCCCAAAUUCCCAGAUUUUCCAGAAAUCCAGAUCGGAGAAUUCCCGGAUUUCCUGCUUAUUCCAUCAUGAUUCCAGUAAUAAAACUGGAAUUUCUGGAAAGCUUGGGAAUUUUGGGAAUGUUGAUGGAGGCAUCUUGGUCCUAUAAUUUACUCAGCAAACCAGACAAAGAUGGGACCCUGAAUAAUGUGUGUCCCCCCACAGGAAAACCAAUGUGGCGUUUGCCACAGUCAUCACCCGUCUACAGGAGUCUCCUCAGUGCCAGCGGCUGCCAUUCAUGUCCUUCCUGCUGCUGCCCUUCCAACGAAUCACACGCAUUAAGAUGCUCAUCGAGGUGAGGGGUAUCAUGGGACCUGUAGUUUUUGUGGCCACUGUGAAGUGGACUACAAAGUGUUUUCUAUCACAAUGAAAAGCAUGAAACCACAUGAAUAUUAGAUUUUUUUUUGUCUUGAAUCCAGAUCCUCAUUUGUUUGUAUGUGUAACAUGGCUUAUUGUUGCUGUUGUUCAUCAGAACAUUCUGAAAAGAACAAAGGAGGGGACUACAGAGGAACAGACCGCCUCCAAGGCCCUGGACUCUGUUUCCAAGGUAACACACCUCCUGUUUCCAUCCAGCCGUCCGCCCACCCGCCCACAGACAUUCCGAUUGUUCCAUUCUAAAGCACUGUUCCACACCGUUCUGGAAUAUGGAACAAUGACGUCAGUCCCCUGGUCUAUUGUGUGAGAAAGAGGAUAUCAUAUUGUGAGAGGACAGAGAUAGUGACUCAGUGUGUCACUGCAGACAAUGACAAUAUGACCAAGUGCAGAAGAGACAGAUGAGAGAUGAGGACUCCCAUCUAGCACAUUUGGUUCCUUGGAAGUUGUGGGAACGUACAUUUUUGGUUUCCCAUUGGUUCUGGGAACGAAGCCAUACGUUUCCUGACUGGUAAAACAGAAUGUUUUUUAAAUGUUCUGAGAACGGAAGUGAAAAUUUAGCCUGUUCUGGGAACGUUUUACUAUGGUUCCCUGAAAGUUUUCCUGGAAGGUGUUAUUAAUGUUCUGAGAAUAAGACUUUUAGUAACACUGCUAGCUUAGUUUGGGUUAACUGUUUUGAACUCCAAGCACAGAUAGGACACAUGGAAAUUAAUUUGCUUAGGCAUUAAUCAUGCUAACAUAUUUCUUUUUUUUCUUCUGUGGCUUGGCGUCAGUGAGAUUCAAACCUAUGGUCUUCUGUUCUCUAUCCGUGGAAUUGGUACACUGCGCCACCAGGAUGGAGCAACAUGCCAUGUUUUUUUCAAACUCAUUUUACAUUUACAUUUUAGUCAUUUAGCAGACGCUCUUAUCCAGAGCGACUUACAGGAGCAAUUAGGGUUAAGUGCCUUGCUCAAGGGCACAUCGACAGAUUUUUCACCUAGUCGGCUCAUACAAAGCUGUUCUUUUAAGUCUAUUCAAACACCCAAUUUCAAAGGAAACAAGCACUUAUUAACACAGUUAGCAAGAUAGAGGAUAGAGAGUUUUGUUGAUGCUGAGAACGGAAUGUAUAUGUUUUUAAAUAACGUUCUUAGAAUGUUCUUUGAACGUUACUAAUAUUUUCUUGUGGUUUUUAUGGAAAGUUUUCUUAAUGUUCUGAGAAUACGACAUUAAAUAAAACCAUGGGGAACCCUGUAGAAAACGUUAUGCUGAAGUACUACAAUUCCCACAGAAGAACGUUGUUUCUUAACGUUCUCGGUACGUUAUGAGAACAUUACUUUAUGUAGAACCAUGAGGAGACCUGUAGAAAACGUUAUGCUGAAGUACUGAAAUUCCCACCUACGAAACAUAUGGUUCUCAGAACGUUCUCAGGGUAUCCUUCACCAUUACCAGAACAUUGUGGGAAGGUUGUAUGCAAAAUAACCAUGCUCUCACCAAGUUCUAAGAAACAUAUGGUUCUCAGGACGUUAUGUGCUACCUGGGCUGUCGGUCACUGCUGUACCAGCUAGUGUUAUUCAAGAAGGGAGGGAUCCUCUUGAAAAAGAGAAGAACUUGAUACACUUGUGAUAGAGAGGAAAAUGUAUUUUCAUGAAAUUAGAGACGGGCUAUUAGGACUGUUUCGCUCUUCUGUCUGAGAGGAAAAGUGUAGAGGCAGCCAAGGUGUCUCUGAUCUACUGUUUUCAUUCAGUCUCUUGUCCUUUGUCUCACACGAUUUUUUUCUUUUUUCUUUCUCUCUGCCUCUUCCCCUCCCUCUCGCUCUCUCAGAUCAUAGAGGAGUGCAACACCCAAGUGGGGAAGAUGAAACAGGUGGAGGAGCUGAUCCACCUCUCCAAGACGCUGGAGUUUGACAAGCUCAAGGUAAUCAAUUAAUUAAUCAGUCAGUCAGUCAAUCAGUUAUUACACCACCCACAUAUACUAUGAGCCUAUCCCUUUCUGCUUGAUUGUUAUACAUUUAUCUCUCUCUCUUUCUCCCCUCUCUCUCUCCCUCUCUCCAUCUAUCCCCUCUCUCCUUCCCCCACCUCUCUCUAUCAGGCUAUCCCCAUCAUCUCCCAAACCCGUUUCUUGGAGAAACGUGGGGAGGUACAGGAGAUGGCCAAAGGUGGCACCCUCUUCAACCUGCGUCCCAAGUUCACCCCCGUCUACCUCUUCCUCUUCAACGACCUGCUCAUCAUCGCCACCAAGAAGGGGUGAGUUCCCCUUAUGGUGUUCAUAAGGCUUUACAUUCAUACAGUCUCUGACUCAUUUUACAUUCAUACAGUCUCUGACUCAUUUUACUGUCUUAGCCCUUCAAUGUGAUUGGUUCCUCCUCUUAUCUCCAUUAGUUCGGAGCGUUUCGUGGUGAUGGACCACGCCCACCGCUCCCUGGUCCAGGUUCAGCCAAUAAGAGCGGACCAGGCCCUGAGCCCUAGCUAUGAACACUGUUUCUGUCUGACUCUACUGGAGAACCACCAGGGACGCAUGAUGGAGAGACUGAUGAAGGCCCCCUCACAGUGAGUACAACACUGUGUGUGUGUGUGUGUGUGUGUGUGUGUGUGUGUGUGUGUGUGUGUGUGAGUGAGUGAUAUGCAGCACAUGGGGACGUAUGAAACUUACUCCUCAGCCUGAAGUGUCCCAAAUUGCGCACCGAAUAGUUAAAUUUACGGUGACACCGACUGGUAAAACACUUCACGAAUGUGGUCACGUGUGCUAACAAAGCAGAGGUACUGGGUUCGAGUCUGUGUGAGCCGAAUCGGGAGGAAGUGGUACUCGCUAAGCAAGCAGUGUGACAUCCUUUACAAAUACAAAUAAGACUAUUCACACUCUAUGGUCUGUUUCACAUUCUCACGUUUAUUUUUCCCCUCAUUUCUUUUCAGGUCUGACCUGCACAGGUGGAUAGCAGCGUUCCCUAACCCCAGUAACCCUGAUGGAGACGAGGAGGAGGUCAUAUAUGAGGACUGGGGUGAGUGACUGGGUUAGCUAGCGGCAGUUAGGCAGCCAUUAGUGACUGAGUUAGUUGCCAAAUUCAACCAUCCACACAAAAAUGACUCUGUUUGCCUACAUGGACAAACUUUGGGCUAUUUGUACUUGUGGUUUAUGUUUGUGGGUUCUUGAUAUUUACUGUUGUUUCUGUCCUCAGACUGUCCUCAGGUGCAGUGUGUGGAGCAGUACGUUGCUCAGCAGGCUGAUGAGCUCACCCUGGAACCCACUGAGAUCAUCAACGUGGUGCGGAAGACCAACGAGGGUAAGACCUGGCAGGACACUAGUGACCUUUUAAUGUGGUUAAUUAGGAAACUGGGUAGCACUUUAUUUUACAAAUCCAGAAAUGAUCCGGUCUUUACUUUACUAAUAACACAGUAAUAACCUAUCGAAUUAAACCCACUUCUUUUCCCCAACUGUCUUUUAUCCCGACAAUUCUAAUUCAACCCUUUAACCUACCUUAACCUCUAUACUGUAGCAGUUGAUUGAUUUGUGAAUGUUAUUUUGCAUGAUUUAUAUAUAAACAUCCUAUCCCCCCCCGCAUUCACCCAUCCUUCUUCCUCUCCUCCACUUCCUUUCCCUCCCUCGUUCCCUCCAUCUCUCCAGGUUUGUACGAGGGGAUCCGUCUUUCCGACGGACAGAAGGGUUGGUUCCCUGUGGAGAACGUUUUAGAGAUCACCAACGAGCACGUGCGGCGGCGGAACCUUCGAGAACGCUAUCGGGUCAUUCAGGCCGCCAGCAUCGUCACCAACAAGGUCAAGACCCUUUCAUAAUGUUGACGGAACGUCAAGGGAACAUUUCAGAAUAGUAAAGACCAUGCUUUAGGAUCACCUUAAUGUUGACAGAACAUCAGGAGAACAUUGACGGAACGUCAAUCGAACGUUGACAGAACAUCAAUCGAACGUUGACAGAACGUCACUAGAACAUUAAACUGGAUAGGGAGAGUGAACCAGUGCUUGCCAUGCAUGCUAACCUGAAUAACACUCAGC